AUGGCGAGCACGAAAGUUCAGAGGAUUAUGACCCAGCCUAUCAACUUGAUUUUUAGGUUUCUCCAAAGUAAAGCUCGGAUCCAGAUUUGGCUAUUUGAGCAGAAAGAUUUGAGGAUUGAAGGAAGAAUCACGGGAUUUGACGAAUACAUGAAUCUAGUGUUGGAUGAAGCUGAAGAAGUGAGCAUCAAGAAGAACACCAGGAAACCACUUGGAAGGAUAUUACUCAAAGGUGACAACAUCACGCUGAUGAUGAACACGGCAAAGUGA